CUCUGAGAUUUCCUUGCGUUCGACCGGUGCCUCCGUCCCUCGGAUCUGUAUCGCCGACUCUUGGCCCGCAUCCAUGUCAUCCACCGAGCACAGCGAGACCAGAAAGCGUCCCGGCGAGCAAUCGGCUUCCGAUGAGCCCGAUCUGAAUCGAGGCGAUCCAAAGAAGGAAAAGAAGGGCAGGCCUCCAAAGGCUGAUGACGACAUCGACGAGCCCGCAAAAUACACCAUCGAAAACGGUCUCCGGAAGGUCGAGCCGUAUCACUUCAAGUACAAGUCAUACGCAAAGGGCCGAUGGUUCGGGCGCACUAUCAUGGAUGUGUUUGUCAAGGAGUUUCAAGACGAAACGCCAGAGUACUAUACCCGGGCCAUCUCCUCGGGCAAGAUCCAGGUGAACGGCAAGACGGUUUCGCUGGACUACCCCAUCAAGAACGGCGAUGUCAUCAUCCACUUUGUCCAUCGCCACGAGCCCCCUGUGACUGCCGACAAGAUCGACAUUGUCCAUCAAGAUGACGAAAUGCUCGUUGUUUCCAAGCCGAGCUCGCUGCCAAUUCAUCCCACAGGACGAUACAACCACAACUCGAUGAUCCGUAUACUGCAGAGCAGCGAGUACGGGUUCGGCAACCUUUACACGGCAAAUCGGCUCGAUCGAUUGACCUCCGGGCUCGCCUUGAUUGCGCUCACCAAGGAAAAGUCCAAGCUUCUCAUGACCGAAAUGAUGGAGCGCAACAUCAGGAAGACUUAUCUCAGCCGAGUCAAAGGAGAGUUCCCCAUGGGCGAUCUCAUCUGCAAUGAGCCCAUUCUCACGGUUUCAUACAAGCUCGGCCUCAACAUUGUCUCGCCAGAUGGGAAGCCUUGCACCACUUACUUCCGAAGGCUCAGCUACAACGGUCUCACGAGCGUGGUCGAGUGCAAACCCGUCACCGGCCGCACACAUCAGAUCCGCGUUCAUUUGCAGUAUCUUGGCUUUCCCAUCGCCAACGACCCGCUGUACUGCUCCGAAGCCUGGGGCAAGGAUAUCGGCAAGGGCGGCAUCGCCGAGGAGGCCAAGCAGGCUAUUAUCGCAAGGAUGGAGCAAGAGGUCUUUCCGUCAACCCCAUGCCCAACGGACUCGGCUCCUUCGUGUAGCUCCAGCAAUGCUCCUUGCGAGAGCACUGCUGGCGGGAGUAGCGCUGUGGCCGAGCCCAGCCAGGUCAUGGGCGACUUUCGCGACUACUGCUCCAACUGCAUCCACAAACGCUCGGAUCCGAUCCCACAGCAACUCCAGAUCUAUCUCCACAGCUGGAGAUACGAGAGCGACGGCUGGAACUUCCAGACACAGCUGCCGGAGUGGGCGCUCGAGUCGUACACCGGUGAUAAGGAGCUUGUUGAUCGGUUCUGGAAAUAUGGCGGUAAAUGGGAUGGUCGGAGUCCCGGUGAGUGGCUGGGCGAUUAGCGAGGUCUUGGGCGAUGGAUCGCUGGCGAGUCACGGAUUCUGCCCAGUGACAGCUUCAGAAUACGGUUGAUGUGCGCAUUCAUGCCCCAGAUAUUCACGCCCCAGAUAUUCAUGCCACACAUCUGUCCAAUCGAACGAGCCAUGCGCCCGAACACGAAUUGCAUCCGCUGGACACUCAAUCGCCGAUCCUGCCAGCAUCACGCGACCAAACCAAAGCCCGGGGCUGCGCUGUCGAUAAUUCGGUGUAUUGGGUUUGCGGUGCAAGUUGCUUAGGCGCACAAUCUCCACAGGCUCUCUCAAGCAACUCCAGCAACAACCAUGGUGCGGCGUUAUGGGGGGGGGAACCAACGCGAGGAGCGGCCGUUUCGAUGCUACUCGUGGUCCGCGAGCUAUCGGCGAUUGCAGGCAAUCCAAUAAAACGGGACACCCGGGUUUUUGACCAUUC